GUUGGAUUUGUUUUUUUCCAAUUACUUCCUAAAUUUUGUCUAACGGGUGGUUUAGGGAGCACAAAUAACACAGGACAGAAAGAAGCUCCAUCAUCGCCCAGCCGGCCACUCUUUUUCUUCUUAUUCUCUUUCUCCGUUCAUUUCCUCAGCUCCUCCAUUGGCACCCGGUUGAAGCACCUAUCGUCCUCUCUGGUCACGCUGAUGAGACAACAGGGAUCAAACGUGCAAUUUGGGAUUUCUUGAAUUCUUGUUGGUGGAAAACGAAACUCGUGAUAUCUCGCAGUUUGGCAUCCUGAUCACCACCGCACCAUGCCUUACGAAGACGAUCCGUACCGCGACGAAGAUGGGGAGCCAUUGAUGGACUACGAUGACUUCGGAGCGGGUCGUGACCCAUCUCCGGAGCCCCACCAAGAUGACGGCCUAGAAGACAACGACGAUUUGCGCGAUCGCGACCAGUCCCAGACCCCCGUCUACGAUGCCGACCCCUCGUCCUUGAAAUCCAAGCCAAGGAAGCGGCUGAUCAAGAAGAGCCACGUGGGAAAAUUGCCUGUGAGCUCUGAUUUGGUGGACGAUGAUGGAGAGGAUGGCGAUGAGGGCAGUGGGAAGAGGCUGAAGAAGGAGAAGAGGCAUAAGGGAGAGAAGAAGGGACCCAAAUUUCCAAGGAGAUCCUUUUCCGACAAGGCGGCCACGGAUGGUGAGGUCAAGGAGAUGUGGGACACCAUCGCUGGCGGCGAUUCUGAGGAUGAUCAAGAGGGUGUCAGGACAUUUGAUGAUGACAACUUUAUAGAUGACACUGGUGUGCAUCCUGCUGACCGGUAUGGAAGUGACAAUGAACGUUCUCCUAGUCAUCAUCCUCAGGCUGAGGAGGGUGAGGAGGAUGAUGAAAUCAAGGAACUCUUUAAGAUGGGUAAGAAAAGGAAGAAGAACGAAAAAAGUCCAGCAGAAAUAGCAUUGCUGGUUGAGAAUGUCAUGGCUGAGCUCGAGGUUACAGCUGAAGAGGAUGCAGAAUUUAAUAGACAGGGGAAACCUGCCAUUAAUAAGCUCAAGAAGUUGCCUCUUCUUACAGAGGUCCUCUCAAAGAAGCAGCUUCAACAAGAGUUCUUAGAUCAUGGAGUGCUAACUCUGCUGAAGAAUUGGCUUGAACCUCUUCCUGAUGGAAGUUUACCAAAUAUAAAUAUACGUGCAGCAAUUUUGAAGAUUUUGACUGAUUUCCCCAUUGAUCUAGAGCAAUAUGAUAGAAGAGAACAACUGAAAAAGAGUGGCCUUGGAAAGGUCAUCAUGUUUUUGUCAAAAUCUGAUGAGGAAACAACUUCCAACAGAAAGCUUGCGAAGGAGUUGGUUGACAAAUGGAGUCGACCUAUAUUUAAUAAAAGUACAAGGUUUGAGGAUAUGAGAAACAUUGAUGAUGACAGGGUUCCCUUUAGAAGGCCACCAGUGAAAAAGCCAGUGAAUAAUGGUACAGGAAUGGAAUCUAGAGAUGGUGAUCUGGACUUGGAUGAAUUUUCAAGGGAAAGAAAAUCUGGCCAAUCAUCUUCUAGGCAACAUGCCUCAAGGCCAGAAGCGACACCAAUGGAUUUUGUGGUGCGCCCACAAUCUAAGAUUGAUCCUGAUGAAAUUAGAGCCCGUGCUAAACAAGCGAUACAGGAUCAGCGCCGUAUGAAGAUGAAUAGGAAGUUGCAGCAGUUGAAGGCACCGAAGAAGAAGCAGCUUCAGGCCACAAAACUAAGUGUGGAGGGUCGUGGUAUGGUCAAGUACUUGUGAUCUUACAUUCAAAUAUAAUGUUGUACUCCACUGGUUUCUCCGGGCCCAAUACAAUGGCUAUUAUAGUGAAAUUACAUUGGGGGGGCUUCAUACUUUGAAAUGUCAAUAAAUAUUGAAGUUUUCAUUUCGAUUUUUGAGACACAAAAUUGUGAUCAAUCUUUAAAAUGCGAAGUUACUAUUUCUAUC